GUGAUUCGGACGGCGAUGGCAUUCCAGACUAUCUGGAAGACGCUGACGGUGAUGGGAUUCCCGACUUUUUGGAUGAUGAUGAUGAUAAUAACGGGAUUCCGGAUGACUUAGAGGGGGAUUCAGAUGGUGAUGGCACUCCUGAUUACCAAGAAGAUUCCGACGGUGACGGUGUCCCUGAUUAUCUUGACGAAGACUCGCCGUCCUACAGGUCCCCCAAGUCUAAAUCUCCUCAAAUGAGAGGUAUGUACAACGACCUUAGUUAACAUUCCAUGCAAAUGCUUUCUUCUUGUAAAUAGUAUAAAAGUAGUCUUUAUAUUCGAAGGACUGUCUUAGCCUUGUGAGUACGCAGAAAUUUAAAGGCUACCCUCCGGGUAAUGCUUGAAUUACGUUUACAAAGUAAUGCGAGCGCAGGAUGUGCUGCUUCAAGCGAAUGUUUAUGUGUUCUUUAAUCAGUCUCAGUCACUUCCCUCGCUUUCCCAAGAACAUGAGAACUGACUUUUUUCUUUACAGAUAAGAUCUCCACUUCAGCAACAGAUUUCCAUUAACCUCAAGAAAGUUGUUUACGACUAGCGUUCCGAGCGUAUUUUCUAAUGAAAUCAUACUGCUCCUAUAUUUUUCACCUGCGUCACUUUAGUUUUCGACGCCAAUUCCAACGGAAGACCUGACGCACUGGAGUUGAAGGACACUGACGGUGACGGAAUCAUUGACUUGUACGACACUGAUGAUGACAAUGAUGGCAUUCCAGACGAACAAGGUAGCAUUAGCUUUCACCAUCAGCAGGAUGUACGCUUGUGA